AUGACCUCUUCCCGCUGCGAGGAGCAUAGCCUUACCACUGAGAUCUCUUUGAGCACCGAAUUAGAUACCCCACACUCUCUUUAUUCUUCUGUCGACAUGUCAAACCGCAUGAGCGAUGGUGAGGACAACAUCGCGGAUGAUGACUCCGCGUACGGCGAAGACUCCUUGAUCGGCGAUGACACAAUCACCUUGUCCACUUACAUCACCGACUACCGAUAUGAGUAUGGCCGCCGUUAUCACUCGUAUCGUGAUGGAGCCUACUGGGGCCCCAACGAUGACAUUGCCAAUGAACAGCAAGAUCUAGCGCAUCAUAUGUAUUGUCUGACCCUCGACGGGAAGUUACACCUAGCCCCCAUUUCGAAUCCACAGGAAAUCCUUGAUGUGGGUACGGGAACCGGGAUAUGGGCAACAGACAUGGCAGAUGAAUAUCCCAGUGCCAAAGUUACCGGAGUAGACUUGUCUCCGAUUCAACCUGCGUUCGUCCCUCCGAACUGCAUAUUUGAGAUUGACGAUGUGACGCUCCCGUGGACCUAUGCGGAAAACCAAUUCGAUUUCAUUCACGUGCGGGAGUUGUUCGGCUGCAUACCUGAUUGGGACGAGUUCUUUCGGCAAUGCUGGCGUUGCCUCAAACCUGGAGGCUAUAUUGAGGUGGUAGAGCAUUCGGUCGAACCGGUCGCGGAUGAUGGGACAGUGCCCCCACAUCAUUUCUACCGACUCUGGGGACAAACCGUCAUUGGUGCGGGUGAGCAGUUUGGCAAGACCUUUAAGAUCUGGGAACAGAGCGCUGCACGCCUGGGUAAUGCAGGUUUCGUUGGCGUCGUGGAGAACAAGUUCCAGUGGCCAAUGAACGCAUGGAGCGCAGAUCCCAAAUUACAUGAACUUGGCCGCUGGAACCAGCUUCGACUGCACGGUGGGGUAGAGGGUUUUAUGCUUCGUCUUCUUACCUCCACGUUGGAAUGGUCAUACGAGCGAGCUCAGGUGUUCCUCGCUCAGAUGCGCGCGUCUCUUCGCGACUAUCAGACCCAUGCCUAUCUACCAGUGACCGUUGUCUACGCUCGGAAGCCAGAGAAUGGUGCCGUAUUCCGCUAGGCUGACGAUGACUGGACCACUGACCUAUGUAUUUGUAUACUUCGCUUUAUACCCC